AAAAACACGCGUGACGCACAGCGAGGCACGAGCACUGGAAUUCCUCCUCAGCUCAGAUGGCGAUGUGCUCGUACUGCAGGACACAUUUACUUGGCUGCAGAGGAUUCCAGAUUAUUUAGGGAUAUAACGUGCUCCUGUCCGUUUCUGGUCCGAGGCGGAAUGGCAGGGGCAAAAUGCCUUCUCAGAACUCCAGGUAAUUUCCAGCCUUCUGCCAUGUUUGAGGGCUCUGACUCUGUGGACACAGAGGGAGUCAAAACAGAAAGUAGCCUGGGGUCAUCUGUCUCAGCCUGCAAGAAGGUGCUGUGCAGUAACAGUGUUUUGGACUCAUCUGAAUACUGGAUGAGAAACAGUAAAACUCUCUGCAGAGUUGACUUCCUAGAGGCCCAACACGACAGGAGCUGCACUAUCUGUUUUGUGAGUCUGGAUACACAUGCAGGUGAUCAGCAUGAUAACAGCUGCCACAAGAAGCUGGCAUCAGUUUCCCCACAUUUGCCACGGUUGGUGGAGUGUCUUGGCAUGCAGCCACUCAAGGAGCAAGAGAUUCUGCUGCUCACUGGCCUGGAUUCACCUGACACCUGCCAACAUGACCCUGUCCACACACAGAGCCAGAGAGCAGCUGAUGUAUGUUUAGUGCAGACUGCCAGCGGAUAUCAUGCAACUCAGCCAAACAUCAUCCUUCAGAUCAACAAAUUCCUGAUUGGACUGAAGUCCGGCCAAGAUAGACAGCAUCACAGUCCACUGGGUGGGCAGUGUGUUGCUGAUGAUGACACCAAUCGCUCUGUGUCAUCCAUAGAGGAGGAUUUCCUGACUGCCUCUGAGCAUCUGGGGGAUGACAGUGAGGACGACCCAUUCCGAAAUGCUACUCUCAAUAUACCUAGUUACAUAAGAUUAAAGCAACAUAAAGUAGAAGAGCAACCCCAAGCUCACCUCACCACUACCUACUCUCACACUGCGUCAUAUGCAGUUGAUAGUGUUUCAGGAGAGACAGCACAGCAUAUUCAGAGUCACACAAUGGUGGAUAAAGAGGACAGUGAAGACUCAGAGACCCUCUGUGCCUCCUCCAAGUCCAACAAGCUCUCUGGGGUCUCCUCUGCUCCUACCAGAGACAGCAGCACUGUAAUUCCUAAAUAUAACAGCCAAUGCAUCAGUGAGUCAGCUGGACAUUAUGCCACCAACCUCACUGAGUCUGUUCUGCAGGACGCCUUUAUUUGCCUGUAUCAGGACGAAAUGUCCUUCACUCCCAAGGCAGCGGUGAGUAUCUCUGGCUCUCCGCAGAAGACAGUUGUCAUGAGCCAGUCCAUGGAUGAGCCCCCAAGGGUGAGAACACACUCUUUUGAACUUCCCAGAAUCGUGAUUGUUCAGAGUCCCGAUAACUGUGAGGCAGGGGAGUGGACACACCCGCACAGGGCAGCCGAGUACCAUGGAGUCCAUGGUCACAGAAUGCAUGAUCACAGAGUCCAUGGUCACAGUUUCAAACCUGGAACUCCACCGCACACACAUCACAGAUCUCCCAUCAGAAAUACGUCUAAGCCUGUGGAGUUAGCAUUAGCAUGUGCUGCUAGCGUCAUUGGCACAAUCAGCACCCCACACGUCAUUGAGAGACUUACACUAGAAACAGGAGAUGGAGAUGAUGUGGAUGGUGAGGAUGAAGGAGAGGGCAAUGAGACUGAACGAGGAGAGGGCAAUGAGACUGAACAAAGAGAUUACUCAUUCUCCUCUGCUGUGUGUGGCAUAUCUCAGAUGGCAGGAGCAUUAGCAAUUGUAGAUUCUGCUGAUGCUGAAGACUCGGGUGAGAUGUUCUCUGCAUCUUUGGGACUCCUCUCAGUUGCCCAGGCAUCCACAGCUGUUCCACUGCACUGCAGUGUGGCAGAAGGCAUCAGCAUGGAUACAUUUAGAGCCAACGUGGCAGAAGUUCUUCUCAGAGAGGCUUCUGCAGUUCUAAUCCACAAGCAGAGCUACACCAGCAUAGCAAAUUUUCUAGAAACCACAAACAACAAGAUUAUGAGUGGAAUCACACGUCCAAAGAGGUCAUACAAGGAGCAUCUCGAGGUGGAUGAUUUUAUAUGGGAUGUGGCCGAGAGUGUGGUGAAACACACCUUGGAGAAGGCUGUAAAAAGAAAAGAGCUUGAAGGGAAAGAUACCUCCAGCAUACAAGGCUUGCUCAUGGAGAGUGUGGGCAGUUUGCUUUUUGAUGUCCUUUGUGUCACAUCAAGGAAAAUCAAUGACAUUUCAAAAUGUUAUCCAGGGUCAUCUGACAGGACAGAAGGCAAAGUUAGCUCCACAGUGUAUGAGGCUGGCACAAAGCCUGACAGAGAAGGAUUAAGACAAUUACAGCAUUCCAUUGUGUCCAGCCACACUGAUGACUCCAGCAACAAGCAGAGUAGUACAGAGAAGUUCUCCUCUCAUAUGUGUAUGAAAGAGAACGAAGCUAGGAAAAUGCAGGAUGAGAGAGAAGGUGAAUGUAUUGGGAAGGAGUCGUGCAGGCCCACUCAUAGUAGAACAAACAUCGCCACUGACAAGGAAAUAUCUGACAUGCAGGGGCCACUGGGUAAGUGUGAGUGGACAUGGGACUGGGCUGAGAACUCACCCCUGCACAAUGCUAGAGGGAGAACUGGGCACGAGGCUGAAGCCAGGCAUCAGGCCUCCUCCUCCAGCACUGGAGCACUCACUGUACCUAAGUCAGAUCAGUUUGACUGUAAGACACCAGUCACAUGCUUUGCAGAGGACUUGGCAACAACUGUGGUCUCCAUGGCGACAGAGCUGGCAGCAAUAUGUCUGGAAAAUUCAAGCGGCAAGCAGCCCUGGUUUUGUGCCUUGAAGAGGGGAUCAGAGGUGCCCGAGGGCCUCCUGCUGCCCUGCCGCACCGCUGUAGCUCUCCACAGAAAAGAAACUCAGAAUGGUGGCGGAGUGGCCAAAAAGCAUCGGCCACCUCGACUAAGCGAGAUCAAGCGCAAAACAGAGGAGCAACCCGAGCUCAUGGAGCGGCUUGUCAAUCGUGUGGUUGAGGAAACAGUAAACCUAGAUGAGCUGGCAACCUCUGACCCCUUCGCCCUCUUUGCCUCUGAGGUCACAGCCAGAAUCAUGAACUGUCCUGAACUGAAUGUGGUGGACAUGUCCAAACCGGGUCAGCCACCCCGCAACCGACUGCAGUGUGAGAGGUGGAGCAGUCGUGGCAAAGCUGCCAGCUAUGAGAGCAUCCCAGAGGAGGACCCAGAUCUUUGUGGUGUGGCCAAUACCCUGGGGCCAGGCAGCAGGCUGGGUCAGAACCUGAGUCGAGGCAGCUCCAUCUCCAAGCAGUCCAGCUGUGAGAGCAUCUCUGAUGAGUUCUCGAGGUUCAUGGUGAACCAGAUGGAGACAGAGGGACGAGGGUUUGACUUGCUGCUGGACUACUAUGCUGGGAAGAAUGCCAGCAAUAUCUUGGCAUCAGCUGUUCAACAAGCAGCCAGCAGAAAGAAUGGUCACCUCAAUGUCCGGACAUCAUCUUGCCUCUCCAAGCAAUCCAGCACGGAAAGCAUUACAGAGGAGUUUUACCGCUUCAUGCUCAGAGACAUGGACAAGGAGAACAAAAACUGUGGCAUCAUUAAGACCAAAGAGUGGAGUAACAGUCUUCUGCCUCCAAUCCCCAGAACCCCCUUCUGCAUCCGUCAGUCUUCUGUUCCAGAUAGAAGGUCGUCCGACUCCAGACUGACUGUAAACUCGCCCAUCAAGGCCAACUCAUUUGACGGAUUUGCCCGAAAUAGUGACUCACUUAACAUAUACCCUUCCAACUGCGUGUCAUCCACGGGACUCUGCAAGUCUGAUUCUUGCCUAUACAAGCGUGCCCACACAGACCACAUCACAGACAUGCUCAUCCAUGAGACUUGGGCCAGCUCUAUUGAGUCUCUGAUGCGUAAAAACAAGAUCAUAACAGAGCCCUCGGAGGACAGCAUGGAGCUGGAUUCCAUUGACACCCAGCCCCAUGUCCAGCUCUUCGCUAAUCGACUGGCCUCUGAAAUUGUAGAGAGUGGCAAGUCACUGUUGGGAGGUCACCAGGAUGGAGGAGUGGGGAAACACCAGCAGCAUUCUACAGUUGGAGAGAGGAGACAAGGUUUCAAGCAGUCUCGCCCAGGAAACAGUCAUAGCCGGGUGAUUGUGGAACUACAAGAAGGCAGUGAGGGUCCCCCAGGAUCCAUGUAUAGGGGUCCAGCAUGGAGAGGCCAAAGGGAGGUUCCUCUGAUCCACAUAGAGCCAGAUCAAAGGGAUGAGAGGUCUGAAGAAUCGGCGAGAGAAGGCAAUAGGGAGUCACACAUUCAGGUCCAGCAACCUCAAAGAAAUGGGUGGAGAGUGAUGUCAAGGCAGACCAGCAGUGACAUGACCUCCACAGUGCCCACAGUGCCCUCUUCAGGUGUGGAAGGGGAGCAUCGCUCUUUCAGCACUAGCAGUGAGGAGAGCAGCUCAGGCAGUUGGGCUCAGGUUGCCCCUGAUGAAGACCCACAAGAGGAGACCACCAGUAGCUUUAUUCAGCUAAGUGAGGGAAAUGGGAACAGUAGUGCAUCAAGUCUUGGUCUGGCAGACCUGGAGGGCUUUCCAGAAGGACCUGGUUCCACUGUGCUAAUCAGCGAGGAGAGAGAGAGGAACAAUCAGGAACAAGCGGAUGAGAUUACAUCAGGCUUGUCCACAGCAGGUAGCAGCUGCCAGAGAGAACUCCUCGUGGUGAACUUUGACCUGGAAAAGGAGUGUGUUGAUGAAGAGCUGAGAGCAGCCCUGCAGUGGAUUGCAGCCUCAGAACUUGGCAUUCCUGUCCUGUACUACAGAAAGCAGGAGCACACACUGGCAAAUUUCCAGAGAGUGGUGCAUCUGGCUGGUGAGAGGGCCUGGCAUGUGGGAGAUUUGUUCAGUCUUGUGGCUCAGUUCUAUCAGCUUCACCACAAUGGGCAGCAAGCAGGUGUGCCGACACCCAGCCUCUUUGACUGGCUCCUCAAGACUCAGCACUAAAGUGUACACACAUUUGCACACACACAAUGGCUAUGGCCUGUCCAGAAGAGGUCCCCAUAUAUAAAGUGUUGUUUGCUGUUCCCAUGUUUAUCAAUUAAUGCAUCAACAUAUCCACUACCCACAGCAUUAAUUUCCUGCCUAUGCACUGCACUUUGUUACACUGCUGAGAGCUCCGUCCCUGCCCCACCAUCCCCUACCCUGCAAUACAUUUGUUUACUAAACACUGCUGAGAUCUCUGCCCCUGCCUGACCCUGUAAUGCAAUUCAUUACCCAUCCCUGCUGCAGUCUCUGCUACAUCCCUCAAUACGCAAUGCAUUUCAUUAUAAAACACUGUGCAUGCCAGUAGAAGCUUUACUGCUUCCUAGGCCCCCUCCAUGGCGGACUGCUUUUCUCACUACUGCCCUUACCCUGGGGUCCCAUCCCAGCCCAACCCAGUCCUGCCCUGCUCUACCUGCCAGGGUAAGGUUAACUCCUGUUUGGUUUGCCUAAUCAAGAAAUCUAAGGCUUUUAUCUGAGUAUUAAAUCUGUGCAUGUUAGAUUAGGAUUGAAGCUAAAUUUUGGAAUAGGGUAGAACUCCAGAGGUCAUGCUUGUCACACUGGCACCAUAAACCCAUUCUACUACACUCAUUGUCGAUAAACCUGAAUUAUGGGAUACAGGAAUUCACAUCCUGACCAUUCUCAACAAAUACAUGCUCUCCACUUCACAGAUGUGGUGUGAUUGGAGGAUUUUUUUCCCUUUAAGAAGCUGCAUGUUCCUUUAUCUUUAUAUGCACUGCCAAUCAGCCCCGUUCUCAAGAAGAAAUGAGCAAUCAACUGCUCCAAUAGCAGACAUUGUUACAACCAACCACUUAGCCUUGACAUUUUGUAGCCUAAAAAUUUAUAUGGCACGAUUAACAACUUAAAAUGUACUGGGUGACUUUUUGUCAAAAUAAGCAGAUAUGGAAGAUUACAUGGUGGUCGUUAUUAAAUGUAAUGACUUAUUGUUUAUAAUUAAUACAACUCCCCAGUUUACACAGCACAGAGAAAUAUUUACUUUUCUUGCUUCUGCUAAAAUUUACUUUUGCUUAUACAUUCACUUUUUUAUUGUACCUUUGAACUUGAAUUCUGUGGUAAAGUUUUCUGUGACUGAAAAUAAAAGGCUUUAUUUUGGCUAGAUGUAAAUAGAUAAUAGAUUUUGAGCUACAGCACCUUUGUGCUGUGAGUGGGAAGCCCUGUUCUUAGUCUACCAGUUGCUGAGAGACACUGGGCAAUCAAUGAUCUAGAACAUGUCUGCAAAAGUAUGUAUGAAGUACAUUUGGAGUAUGGUUAGAUUAUGUCAAAAAGUACGAUAACUACACUUUUUGUCAUGUCAGUUUGUUAAUGUGAAAUCUGAUGUGUAAAGCUUUUCUUUGCAUCGUCAUGUAAUAACAGUAACAUAAAUGUUUUAAUCAUUAUGAAAAGCACACAACCAUCCAAACUGAUUGUAACUGAAUGUGUUUAUCUUUUCAAAAUCAAUAAU